AUCAAUGGAAUUCGCCAGCUGUACAAGACUCGCGAGGGAUGGCUCUCACCGUUUCCAUGGUGUGAAGAGUUUCAGUUUUUUCUUGGCAAUAUUUUUACAAGGCUUAAAGCGGUCAGAAGAAAGAAAACGAGAGAAGAAAUCACUGACGUAUUUGUUGAGAUGUUGUCGAUACUAGACCCGUAUGAAGAGUGUUCAGCGCCGAGAACAGUGUUGAUUGAAGGAGAACCUGGUAUUGGAAAAACUACCUAUUGUAAAAAGUACGCUUACGACUGGGCCACAAAACAGCGAAAGCCUCAGGGCUGCGGCUCAACAGCAUUUAAAGUGGUAUUGUUGCUGAAAUGUCGAGAUAUCCAUUCUGACGUUUGGGAAGCCAUUGAUGAUCAGCUGCUCCCCCAAGACAUCGAUGAAGAAGUGAAACAACUAUCCUUUCAGUUUAUUCGUGAAAAUCAGUCCAGCAUUUUAUUGAUAUUGGAUGGAUUGGAUGAAUUACCAUCCAGUAAAUUGUCGAUUUUUUCCGAAUUAAUCCAAGGAAGAGUGCUCCCCAGGUGCCACAUAGUUGCAACAGCAAGACACGAAGCUGGAAAAGAGGUGAGAAAAUGCUGUGACACGCUGCUUCAGAUCGAAGGAUUUACUGAAGACCAUGUGAAAGGAUUUAUCAGCAAGUACUUCAAAGAAAGGCCGGAUUUAGCCAUCAAGCUCUCAAGACGGAUGUCGCGAGAUAGAAACAUGAGAGAAAUGGCAGCCAAUCCUCUAAACACAGCACUUCUUUGCCUUUUAUGCGAAGAGUUUGAGGGCACACUCCCCGAAAACAGAGCUCAACUGUACUUGGAUACGGUUGAAUGUGUUUUGAGAAGAUAUAGAAAAAAGAAGGGACUAUCAGAAACAAACGAAAACUUGACCAACUUUUACAAACCGGAAUUGAAUUGCCUCGGGUUGGUAGCGUUAAAUGGUUUACUUGACGACUAA